UGAGAAGUGAUGGAAGUGGAUAGAAGCAACCUGGCAGAAACCAACUGAAUCGACCAAUCAGAUUGAAGUGUCAAAGAAAUUUCAUUUUACGAAAAUAGCAAACUAGUAGGCGAUACAAGCUGGUUAUUUCAAACGAGAAGAGAUAUUUAUAUGAUUUGUGAAUAGAUUCAGAUUUUUGUGAUUCAAUUUCUAAGUUUAAAAGAAAAUAUUUUGUUAAACAAAUACAAAAUAAUCAAUUGAUUGUGCCGUAGUAUUGAGUUAAAUUCAAGAAAAUCCAGUUUUAGUUAAAAACUUAUCAGAAAGAGGUUAUCUCCGACUAAAAAUAGAAAAAUGUCCGAUCGCAAAGCCGUUAUUAAAAAUGCUGACAUGAGCGAAGAGAUGCAACAGGAUGCGGUCGAUUGUGCAACACAAGCGUUGGAGAAGUACAAUAUCGAAAAGGAUAUUGCUGCUUACAUCAAAAAGGAAUUCGACAAGAAAUACAAUCCAACAUGGCAUUGCAUUGUAGGCCGAAACUUUGGUUCAUAUGUGACGCACGAAACCCGUCACUUCAUUUACUUCUAUUUGGGCCAGGUGGCCAUAUUAUUGUUCAAGAGCGGCUAGGCGUAAAUGUUUUAAAUCCGAACAAAUUCAGCCUCGAAUACAACAAAACAAAGGAGAAAUUAAACUUAAAACAAACAAACAAAAAAUUGAAAGUAAUGUCUAAACAUUGUCGAUUGUAACUGAUACAAACACCUUUAUAAAUGUCUACAAAGAAUUCCAAUUUUAUCUUAAUUUCAAAAAAUGAAAACAAAAAAUCGUUAGACUUCUUAUUGUACAUCGGACAAGUGUUUUUGUUUUUAAAUUAAAAUUCAACAAAAGAUUAAUCAUUUUUAUAAUGUCUGCCCCUGUCCCCGCAAAAACCGAACUAAGCGAAAUUGAAUUUUGUACCCUUGUUGCAUCCUAGAAGAUGAUUUUCUUUUCCAUUCUUUUUUCUUCUUCUCUCGUAAUCGUAGAGAAUAAUAAAUCCCAAUAAACAAACGCAUUCUCAACGAACACUUCGAAAUAGAUAUUGAACCGUGCGCACCUCUAAUUGGGCGAUAUUUUAUUUUUCCCAUUUCCCAAUAGUUAAAUGAUUCCGAACACCGGGUUCUCAGUAUACUUUUUAACUCUUCAACCACACUGUCUUAAUCGAAUACUUAACAACUGAAAAUAGUGAAAAUAUAAGCUCAGCACUUAAGUUUUAAUUAAAUGGAAAUUUUUUGUAUAUUUUUCUUCUUUAAAUUUAAUUUUAGAAAGCAAAUAACUUCCGUUUUGAGUUUUCUAUUAUACCUUAGGAUGUUUUUAUAUAAAUUUUAGUUGAAUAUAUAUUGCUAAUUGUAAUUAUUACACAAAUCAUUACCAUAUAAUUUCAAUGUGAAAAAGUGUGUGUCCAUUACCACUGCAAGACGAUUUAAUUAAAUUAAAAAAAAUCUAUUCAAUGUUUAUUGGAGUUGUAAAAAAUAAAGAAAAUUUAAAAAAAAAUAAUUAAAUUUAAAGAGAACAAUGGAAGAUGGAAUAAACAAGUGAAUUAUCUAA